GAAAAAGUUUUCUUGGCAUCCAGUCGAGCUCUUCUGCCAUGGGCUUCUCUCUCCGUGGGGACGCUGAACACUCUGGGACCGAUGUGGAGCAAGUCGGACAAUCCCGACUGGAACGGUCGGGCUCCAUACACGAAUUCCUUCGUGCUGUGCGUACUCGAGUCGGGAACUCUCCUGCCAUCGUGCUCAGGUACGUUUGCAACGCAAAACAACACAGAUGCUCCGAGCACUCCCAUGUUUGCUCUGAGCUCCGGUGGCUACUUCACUUGCGGGCUUAGCUACGAGAGCAAGAAGCCAUUUUGCUGGGGGAAUCCCAACUCGACGGUUCCAUCGGUUUACAGGGAUGUGAGCUACAGCAGCUUGAGCGCUGGACAGGGUCACGUCUGCGCUCUAAGAAGCAGUGGAGAGCUCGACUGCUGGGGACAAAACACGUAUGGGCAGCUAAACUUUCCGCAAGCUAGCUUUAUCCAAGUGAGCUCCGGAUAUGACUACACCUGCGGGCUCGUCGAUGGUGGCGAAGCUUUCUGCUGGGGAUGGGAUCGUUCCAACGCUCUUUUCUACCGCGCACAGCCGAAAAACGUCGCCUUUAGUGUUUUGUUCUCCGGAGGAACGCACACUUGCGGACUGGAAAAGGACACUGGGACUGCGUUUUGCUGGGGGUGGAACAACUUCGGACAGUGUAGCUCAUACGCGGAGGACGUGAAGUUUUCUUCGCUAGCCUUGGGACUUUUCCACUCUUGCGGGAUUGUGAAGGGGAAGGGGAACGUAGUCUGCUGGGGAGACGGUGCUUUCAAUCAGACGGCUCCACCGAAGGACGAAGCGUUUUCGGUCAUUGCGGCUGGAGACUACUACACUUGUGGCGUGAGUUUGAACGAUUCGCAGAGAGUCAAGUGCUGGGGGAAUUCAGUGGUGGUUACGGGGAACGUCAAAGUGAGCCAAGGACUGUGUAGCAGUCAAGCAUGCAGCGUCCAACAGUACGAGCUUUCGGAAGAUAAUUCGAAGAAAUGCCCGGUUGCUGGAGAUCGAGUGUGUCUCGACUGUUUACAAGGCAAUAUGAAGUGCAUGGGAGCACCAAGUCCAAGUCCAAGUUCUUUGCAAAAGAUUAACAAGGAUCUGGAGAAACCGAAAAGUACGAGUGGUUUGGCAGUAGGAAUUUCGGUGGGGGCAGUAAUAGCAGUGAUUCUUGCUGCUGUUGCGGGAUACUGUAUCUGGAGACGAAGAGCUCAAGGAUCAUUCAAAACUAAGGCAUGGGAAACCUUCGCAAACAGGCUGGUGGCGUUCAGUGGCUCGGACCUCGUCCGUGCUACAGAAAACUAUCGCUCCGAGAUGAUCAUUGGGAAAGGUGCUAGCGGAGUGGUCUACAAGGCUGUUCUCCCGGACGGACGAGCACUGGCUUUGAAGAAAUCUCGAGCCGGUGACAAGUCUUUAGUGAAGGAGCUCUCCCUGCUGGCCAGGUUACACCACGCUUACCUCGUCAACUUGGUGGGAUACUGCGCUCAAGAGCAGCUCCUGGCUUUCGAGUUCAUGGAAAACGGCUCGCUCUUCGACUGCCUAUUCAAGAAGCCAGAGAUCCGACUCGACUGGUUUCUAAGGAUCCGCAUCGCAGCACAGGCCGCUCGAGGACUGGAAUACUUGCACAUCUACGCAUCUCCACAGAUACUCCACCGAGACGUGAAAGCAGCAAACAUACUCCUGGACAAGGACUGGAACGCACACUUGUCCGACUUUGGCGUCAGCCUCUCGCCCUCCGGAAACACCACGCAGCUCGCGACGAUGGUGGGAACACCAGGCUACAUGGAUCCGGAGUACUUCCAGACGGCGAAGUUCACCACCCAGAGCGACGUCUACAGCUUUGGAGUGGUGCUGCUGGAGCUCCUCACAGGCUGCCAAGCAAUGCUAAGCUCCGAGAGGAGCUUGGUCUCGUGGGUUCUUCUCCAGCGCGGCAAGAGCAACACCUGCUCGCUGUUUGAUCCGAGGAUUUUCCUUCCAGAGAACACGGCAGCGCUGGAAGAGGUGCUCAGGCUAGCUCUCCAGUGCACAAGCUUCGAUGCCGAGCACCGCCCAACGAUAAGCUCCAUAGCCAGCACCUUGGAGCGUGUCUCGAGCCCAGUGGCGGCACGCCCGGACGAAAUCUCUAAUGGAUCGAGUGGUACCAACGUGUUCACCAGCAACUCUUGGAAUUGAUACCCAAGAAAAGAAAAAAGCUUUCGUGUGUUCUUGUUCCACCGAAAGGCCAUCUCUUCAAAAGAGACAAACGCGCCAAAACAGAGCGAGCAUAUUCCCUGAAAGAGA